ACCUGUUAGUGUCAAACAUAACUUGAUAGUUUUGUGACAAAAAAUUGAGAGUUGUUAAAGGGCAGUCCGAGUAUUCGCUUCUCUACACUGAUGCCGAGCAGUCUUGUUUAGUUUUAUACUGCGUCCUGCCAACAUAUUUGAUUUGCCAUUUGUUUUCAGUUAUGAUGUUACAAUAGAAUUCAUGGUUAGUGGAAUAUCAGUUGUUUUGGAUAACUUGAAUCUGAAAACUGCCGAAAUGAAUACCGAACAGAUGCCAGCGUCAUUCUUGAAGCGUCUUUUAUCUGCAGGGUUUUACGCUAUGACCUCGAUCCUGAUUAUAGUGUGCAACAAAAGUGUUCUGACCGUGUACAAUUUCCCUUCAUCGCAAGUACUGGCUGUUGGACAAAUGGUGUUCUCAAUACUUCUACUUGGAUUCUUAGGACUCAUUGGAAAAAUAUACGUUCCCUGGCCGAGCUUUGCUACUUUCCAGAAGAUUUGGCCGCUUCCUUUGUUGUACUGUGGAAAUCUGUUCUCCGGUCUCGGAGGAACAAAAGAGUUGAGUUUGCCGAUGAUGACAGUGCUACGGAGGUUCUCCGUAUUUAUGAUUUUGGUUGCUGAAAUUUGGAUUCUUAAUGCAUCUUUCUCAAAUUUGGUGUAUUUCUCUGUUGGUGUUAUGAUUGUAGGUGCAAUUAUUGCAGCUGUAAAUGACUUAUCCUUUAAUCUUGCUGGUUACUGUUAUAUACUGGUUAACAAUUUAUUCACGACAGUGAAUGGAGUAGUUACUAAACAGAAAUUGGAUGUAAAAGAACUCGGAAAGUAUGCAAUUAUUUUUUACAACAGCUUGUUUAUGAUCAUUCCUGCAGUUUGCUUAGCUUAUUCUAGUGGCGAAGUGGACAAAGCUUCCAAGUUUGAUCAAUGGACCGAUGUAGGCUUUCUCCUCAACUUUCUCUGCUCCUGUGGAAUGGGAUUCGUCUUGAUGUACUCUAUUGUUUUAUGCACACAAUAUACAUCUGCUCUUACGGUUUCUGUCAUAGGAUGCACGAAAAAUGUCUUCAUUGCUUAUUUUGGUAUGGUGUUUGGCGGAGACUACGUCUUCUCAUGGCCAAAUUUCUGGGGUCUGACAAUCAGUGUAAUGGGUAGUUUGAUUUACGCAUAUGCUACAUUCAAGCCGCCUAGCGGGAGGUCAGCUAACUCAAAUACUUCCAAAGCAUAAAUUGAAAAAAUGUAUCUAGUCUAUUGUACAUACUUUCAGAAUUUUUUACCAUUGGCUUACCAUUUUAUAUUUCUUUUCGUUCAAAAUAAAAAUCCCUUUUUACUGUGCUGGUUAUCCGCUCUUUAUUUGAGAAAUAAAAAGUCAUUGGUGCUUGUUUUGUACAUAUAAAUCCAUUAAUUAGACGGAUUUUUGUCCUUCCUAUGAGAAUGUUUUUAAGAGUCAAUGAACGUAGUGAAGACUCGUGUUUAGCUUUUAAGACAUGUAUGGGACAACUGUUUAAGUUUCUGAAAUAAUUCUGACCUCAAGACAGUGAAAUAGAGUUGAAAUUGCAACCGAAAUUUCAAAAUUGCAUUUGAACUGUCGAAAGAGCAAACCAAAAUGAUUGCGCUUUUGAUUUCGCUUUUGACCAAAAUGAUUGCGCUUUUGAAAUUGCAACCGAAAUUUCAAAAUUGCAUUUGAACUGUGAAAAGAGCAAAUCAAAAUGAUUGCGGUUUUUCAGAGUCCAAGCCCUUAAUUUCAUAAUAAUUUUCAUUCAGCAGCAAGCCGACGUGCAAUUUUUCAAUAGUACAAUGAACACAUAAAACGCCGACAAAAAGGCAACGCGAAACUUCAAAAAACUAAUUCUUAAAUUCAAAGAGC